ACUUCCUCAUCUCUUUAUCUCCAUUGAUGACGUAUACCUCUACAGUUAUUUAUAUGUCUUUAUAUCUCCUCUGUUCAUAUACCUCUUACCUGGAACAAUGUCUGAUUUCGAAAACCCUAGUUAACGAAUCUGACGAACUUUGUGUUGUUUUUCGAUUAUGAUGGGUGAAGAUGGAUUGAGCAAUCGAAAUUGGGGUUAUUACGAACCGUCUCAGUUCAGGCCAAAUUUAGGGUUUCAACUUAUUCCAAGUAUCAUAAACAGAAGCGAGAAGCCAUUUGUUGACUCCCCUCAGAAUCAAAAUCCAAACUUUGUCACUCCUACUAAUGUGUAUCGUGGCGGUGGUAGUACUAGUAGUAGUCUUAUGUCGUUUCCGCGUGAUUACACUGUCUCUGAUGCACCUUUCAUGAGUUAUAGUUGGUUGAACCAGCAUAGAGAUAGCAAGUUCUUCAGUAAUGUACCUAAUCCUUCUAAUCAUCAUCAUACCGGCCUUCUUGUCCCGGAGGCUUCUAGGAUGACUCAACCGAUGCAGCUUUUGCAGCCCGAGGUUGUGGGUGAGGUCGAUGAGUCUCUCAAGAGAAGGCAGUACAAUGUUGGGCAGAGAGGUGCUCCUAAGGUGAAGAAAGAGAAGAAACUCAAGGAUAACAAUAUGCCGAGAGUGCAAAGAACAAGAAGUCCGUUGUUGAGGAAGAGUAUAGAGAUGGUGAUUAAUGGGGUUUCUAUGGAUAUUGGAGGUAUACCUGUUCCCGUCUGCUCGUGUACCGGGAUGCCUCAACAGUGUUACAGAUGGGGUUGCGGGGGAUGGCAGUCUGCGUGCUGUACCACUAAUGUUUCGAUGUACCCUUUGCCAAUGAGCACGAAAAGGCGCGGUGCGAGGAUUGCUGGAAGGAAAAUGAGCCAAGGUGCCUUUAGGAAGGUUCUUGAGAAACUCUCUACUGAUGGUUUCGAUUUCUCAGUCCCUAUCGAUUUGAAGUCUCAUUGGGCAAAACAUGGAACAAAUAAGUUUGUUACCAUCAGAUAAAAAAAAUCGAACCUCUAUUUUGUUGAAAAGCUUUCUUUUGUUGUUGUAGGUUUGCCCGUAGCGACAUCGUAGAUCUCGAUUCAAUUUUUUUUUUUUUUUUUUGUGUCCUUGUGUUCAGUUAAAGCUAUGAUAUGAACUCGGAAUCAAACUCGGCAAUGUAUCUCAAAAUGUUGUACCU